AAAGUACAUACAGCUAAACUUACCCUAUAAAACUAUGACACUUUAGAAGAACUUCCCAAGUUAAAUUCAUGGAGAGAACUAAGGAAAAUAGUCCUAGUAUCCUACUAUUUCCUUGGCUAGGUAUUGGCCAUGUAAACCCCUUUUUGGCGCUAGCCAAGAAAUUAUCAAAAAUGAACUUCCACAUAUAUUUUCUUUCUACACCCAUUAUUCUCAAAUCUAUCAAGAAAACCUUAGAUAAAAACUCCUCUAGUAACAAUUUCCCCAUACAACUUGUUGAAUUUCACUUGCCUUAUUUGCAUAAGUUACCCCCUCACCACCAUACAACUAAUGGACUCCCUCCCCAUCUCAAUUCCACUCUCAUUCAAGCCUUUCAAAUGGCUUCUUCCAAAUUUCCAAGCAUCAUUGAAACUCUAAAACCUAACUUGAUUAUCUAUGAUGGGUUCCAACCAUGGGCAUCAACUAUAGCUUCAUCAUGCAAUAUUCAUGCUAUUAUGUUUUUUGUUUCUUCAACUUCUAAUCUUGCCUACCUCUAUCACCAAUUUCUUCAUGGAAUUCCAAGCCUUACAUCUUUUCCUUUUUCUUCCUUAUACCUUCAUGACUAUGAGAUCAAGAAAUUAGGUAUGCAACCGAUAGAACCACGCGAUGACAAAGCAUUUGGAUACAUUAUCCUUAAAUCCUUUGAACAAUCUCAUGACAUUGUUUUGUUGAACACUUUUAGGGAGACUGAGGGGAAGUACAUAGAUUAUGUUUCUACCAUAGGAAAUAAGGAGCUGAUACCAAUUGGUCCACUCAUUCUCGAGGAGGCUAUAGGUGAAGAGGAGCAUUUCGUGACAAUUCAAUCAUGGCUAGACAAGAAGGAAAAAUGUUCAUGUGUUUAUGUGUCAUUUGGAAGUGAACGUUUCUUCUCAAAGCAAGAAAUUGAAGAGAUAGCCAGUGGGCUUGAGCUAAGCAAAGUUAAUUUUAUUUGGACAAUCAAAUUCACAAUAGGGGUGAACACUACAAUAGAAGAAAUGGUUCCGCAAGGUUUUCUUGAAAGUACAAACGGAAAAGGGAUGGUUAUUGAAGGAUGGGUGCCACAAACCCAAAUUUUGAACCAUUCAAGUAUUGGAGGUUUUGUAACUCACUGUGGAUGGAAUUCGAUAUUAGAGAGCAUGAGUUUUGGCGUACCAAUAAUAGCCAUGCCUAUGAAUCAUGAUCAACCAUUUAAUUCAAGAUUAGUGGAGGAACUUGGAAUAGGGGUGGAGAUUUUGAGAGGUGAAAAUGGGGAAAUAAAGAGAGAAGACGUGGCAAAAGGAAUAGGGAAGGUGGUGGGGGAGAUGACUAGAAAAGAAGUAAAUUUGAAAGCUAGAGAAUUGAGUGAGAAGAUAAAAAUGAAAGGGGAGAAAGUUAUAGAUGAAGGGGUUAAGAAGUUGUUGAAGCUUUUGUGUUGAUUCAUAAGGGAUUGAUGGAUUGAAUUUGGACAUUAUAGGAUUUACCUAAUAGUGAUUCAAAUACAAGAAUUUAAAAUACAUAUUACAUCAAAUGCUGUAAUCUAGAGAUAGGCUUCUUAUGAUCUUGUCGAUCUACAUGAGUUCAAACUCUAGUUGAACUCUACUCCUAAAACAAAGUUGAAAUCUACUCCUUCCUAAUCCAAUAUAUCUUUUGGAGGCGGCUUAAAAUAAAACAUGAAUAAUGAUUUCACUUUGUAUAUAUAGGUGCUACAUGAAUCUUA